AUGCCUUCCCAUAUCUCGGUAGGAACAACACCUCUGAAUUCGGCUGGAGCCAAGAGAACGCGAAGUGGGAGCUCGAGCACCGGAGGACCUAUCAAGAAGUUGAAAAGUUUGCAUGCAAGAUUUAGCCAUAGUUUGCAAUCUUCGGCUUCAGUAGCAAAGUUUCCUGCCACAGGCUCAACAGCAUCUAGCGGCGCAUUGCGACCAGAUGCACUCCCUAAAGAGAACAACCCUGGUGCGGGAAGGUUGGUGACAAGCUCCACGCAAGUCAAUGCACCAGAUCAGCAGUUGGUACAUCAGCACCACAUGCAUGCUCCCAAAGAAUUUCCUGGUGCUACUCAUCUGGACGGCAGUCAUGUCUAUGUUUUCCCCCGUGCGAAUUGGUGCAUCCCCGAGGAGUACCGCAAACGAUAUCCGGUUGUCAUGGAUAUUUUCCAAAGGAAUCUUGAAGAAAUCGAUCUCACGAUUCUCAAGCAUCCAGCUAAAACGGCCUACAAAUUGAGCAUGUGCGGCACUAGUAUAGACAAGGCUACACCUUCGAUCUUAAUAUGCCACCCCCAGGUUGAUACAAGCAUGGGCCAAAGGAUCCUGCGCCAUCUACAUCGCCCGCAGGUCCGGAAGCAAUACAACUCUAGCAAAAUGGCUGUGAGUUUCGAAAUCUACUGGUAUAGCGGGCCUGCUUGGACAUAUUUGGGACGCCCUAUAGAUGGCCUCAACAUUCAAAUGGAAAGUUCGUACAUUUGGGGAGCACUACUAUUGGAUGAUGAUCAUUAUAGGAUUAGUACGAUUACUUGUGGCAUCAGGUUUCCAAAUGUGGAGGACGCUAUGUUCCUUCUAUCAACCGCUCAUGCCUUUGAAGAAAAUGACAGCAGUGGGGAUUAUGAUGAGGAUGAGGAGAGUGUCGAGCCUAAUGGAGGCGAAGAUGGAGAUGGGGAUAUAUACAGGUUUGGAGAUGUAGAGUAUGACAUGGCUGAAAUUAGGGAUAUUUAUGAAUGUGAUAAAGAAAACCAACCGCCCCAAGCUACCGGACAGCAACAAGAUCGCAGACGAUACACACAAGACCUAUACAGUGACCUUGGUUGGGAUUCUGGAGAGACAGUUUCUGUCAGCCCCAACCGAGUCUGGGGUCGUUCUCGGGAAGCUGAAUGGAGCGACUCUCUCAAUCUGGACUGGGCGUUGAUAGAGAUUAAAAAGAGCGAACAGUGGAAAGCAGAAAGACCCCGUCUAGCGCUGCCUGAUAUCCCUGGCUCGGGUUAUCAAGAACGGCGCGUGGAAGUCAUGACAUCUCGGGGCGCGCUCUUUGGCACUAUUUGCAGCAUACCCUCAUUUAUUGCCAAUUCCAACAAGCUUAGCAAGCUAUGCAAAGUUUGGACUGUUUCUCUUCUAGACCCAAGCGAAAUAUCUGUUGGAGACAGUGGAGCCCUUGUCAUAGAUUGCCUGACGAGCAAGCUUUAUGGAUACAUCAUUGGGAUCAACCACUUUCAAGAGCUAUACGUCAUUCCAUUACAGUCAGUCUUGGAACAGAUAACGGAGAUGAUACCUGCUUCCUACGGUAACCCCGAAAUAUUCAUGAUGCUCGACCAACGCCGUACACCCAGACCACCUCCUAAAACCAGCAAAGUUCGUGGGCUCACCAGAUAUUUACAUCAAUACUGGCCCCAGAGAGAUUUAUAUAAUAUCAGUUCAUUAAAUUUUGAGCCACGAUGGCUUGGGGAUGAUUCCUAUGACAGCGAAAGUAGCAGCAGCAGCCACUACGUUGAUUGUCCGACCAGCCCUAUGCCGAAUUACCCCAGCGAAGCAGACACGCAGCAUUACUCUGUGCCAACUAGCUUUGGUUCAUACGACGCAGCAAUAACGCAGUCGUCUGCCACGCAAUUUUCGAGCUUUCAGAUAUUGAAUGACUCUAUGGAUGAGAAAAUUGAGAACUCGAAGUCUCCUAGCCCGGCACCUGACGAUGAUAGCCCCCCUUCUUCGUACCAGACCGCAGAGGACGGGUCCAAUUCAGCGCCAUCUAGCCAAGAGACAAUCUAG